AUGGGCAAGCUGAACACGGCGCGCAUCCGCAAGGCGGUGGACCCCAAGACGCUGGACGUCAAGAAGAGGGUGCGCGCCGCGCGCCGCAGCCUGAAGCGUGAGUCCAAGGUCCAGCUCAGCGACGAGAUCAUUUUCUUCGACGACGUCGCGGGGAACGACCAGGGCGUCCUGCUGGUCGGGCCCCCCGGCAACGGCAAGACGCUCAUGGCGCGCGCGGUGGCGGGGGAGAGCGGCGUGGCGUUCAUCAGCAGCAGCGCGUCGGAGUUCAUUGAGAUGUACAUGGGCCUGGGGGCGGCGCGCGUCAGGGACCUCUUCAACACGGUGGCUCUUGUUCAAAUUACGUUGAGGUGCGCCCGGCGCCGCUGA